UUCACAUUGACAAUCUAAAUUCCCGAAAGUUUCUCUAAAUAUUAUGGGCCAGAGAUCUAGUUCAUUGUUACGCCCGAAGAUCUCUUUAACUUGGGUCCUUCGUGGUCAGCAGCAAUCUGCAAAUUCAAUAUCCACCAAUGGCACUUCGAUUACCCAGGGUCAGGAACAGGAGGGUGGUUUAUCAUUGGAAAUAAAGGAGAGACCUUUCAGAAAUAGCGUGAAAAGCUUGAGAAGCAUCAAGAGUACGAAGAAUGUAAAGGAGAAAGAAAAAUGUAAGGACAACAAUGGAUGUUUCGAUAAUCGUGAGAUAAAACACACUGUUCUGAAUAGAAUCGAAAAGGAUGCAAUUGAAAAGCCAAUCGAAAAGGAAAGACUGAAUGGUAACUAUAUAGAUAUGACGAUAGAUAAUAAUAAGUUAGAGAAACAAAUGGAAGUUUCAUCAGUGGAGAAGGAAGUGAAGGAAAAAGUGAAGAGGGCAACUUCAGAACCAACUUUGGUACCCAGGGAAUCGACAUUGACUUCCAGUGGAAGGGAGAAGCACAAACACCGAAGAACUAAACGACCUCACAAAACUCGAUCAUCCAGUAGAUUUGGCUACGAAAUUGCUGAUCUUGAUUCCUUUCUUACGAAGGCUUCCAUUGAGAAACCAGCAAACAUACCUGUUGUGCUAUCGUUUCCGUCCGUUUUAUAUCAAACACAAGGUGGCACUCAGGAUGAAGUUGCCCUACCCCUAGGAACCGUGGUGAACGCCGUUUUCAAAAAUCAAGCCUGGUUGUACGUCCAAACACCUCAUGGACAAGAAGGCUAUGUGGGUUACGCCGCUUGUUUACCUCUUGGAAUUUUACCACAACCAACCCAUGGACCGUGUUGGGAGGAUUCAACAGACGUCUUUCCGAGACCCUUGGGCAAUAUGACCGAUACUGAAAAACUACGUGACACAAGAUCGGAAUGCGGAACUCGUGGAAGAUCAGGAAGAAUGAGACGCAGUUCAAGGGAUGCAUUUUCAACAUGCGGCGAGCGAAGUGUUGAUCGAUUGUACUUGAGAGCAGCAGCAAAUGCAAGAACAAAAGGAUCACGUCACACAUUGCUCGUCAUUCGAAACGAUUACGAGGGCCAUGAAGUGAAUGCCAUCAGCGUUAUGAAAGGCGACGUUGUAGCACUUAUCAGUGAUCACGUGAACGAUUGGUUUUGGGUUAGAUCACGAGACGGCAGAGAAGGUUUCAUUCCUGCAGUUAUUGCCGGUCACGGCUUUUUGUGAUAUUCUACUAUUUAAAUAAAUAUAUUUCAUUCCAAAACUAUCCAUAUUAAUCAAUUUCAUAAACCGAAAUUGUAUUGAAAUCAAUAAAGAAUUAAUGAAAAUCAAUGAAAAAAUAAUAGGUAAUAUAAGAAAUAACUGAAUUUUAAACUACGCAAUUCAGAACAAAACUUUCUGU